GAAGCGGGGGGCGAGGGGGGCGACACGGGGGGCGAAGGGAAGAACACGGAGGAGGAAGGGAAGAACACGGGGGGCUCAGGGGAGGAUUCGGGGGGCUCAGGGGGGUGCGCGGGGGGAGAGGCUGCCGGGGAUGGCGGGGCAGAAGCAGCCGGGGGUGCCGGGGGCGAUGCCGGCGAGGCCCGGGGUGGUGCUGGCCGUGCCGAGGCAGGGACAGCCGGGGGCACCGGAGCGGGUACCGAGGAGGGUACCGAGGGAAAAACGGCGCCGGCAGCUGCGGACAACUCCCGGCGCCGACAGGAACCUACUUGGCUUCAGGACGAGGACGACGAGCUGUGGCCUGAGUUCCCUCCCUGCUCGUCCCCAGAGGGGGCCACCAGCCCCACGUCCCCCACUUCCCCCACGUCCCCUGCAUCUCCCACGUUCCCCACGUCCCCUAUGUCCCCUACAUCCCCUAUGUCCCCUACAUCCCCUAUGUCCCCUACAUCCCCUAUGUCCCCGGCAUCCCCAGCGUCCCCCACAGGUAAGAGCCGUUUGGGCGAUGGCACCCGAGUGUGUCCCCCACGGGUGGGGGCCGGGGGACGGCCACGAGUGGGGACGCGGGCACAGGGGCGCAGCGCCAUCCUGGAGAAGUUCGGAGGGGCUGCCAAGGGCCCGGCCCCACACCUGCGGCGCUCAGGUGGGGCCGCCACGGUCAAGACGAUGCUGCUGGAGUGGUGCCGCGCCCGCACACGUGGGUACCCGCACGUGGACGUGCAGAACUUCUCGGCGAGCUGGGGCAGCGGCCUGGCCUUCUGCGCCCUCCUGCACAGCUUCUUCCCCGACGCCUUCGACUUCGCCGCGCUGGAGCCCGGAGCCCGCCGGGACAACUUCGCCCUGGCCUUCGCCACCGCCGAGGAGCGGGCGGGCUGUGCCCCGCUGCUGGAGGUGGAGGACAUGGUGCGGCUGCCGGUGCCCGACGCCAAGUGCGUGUACACGUACGUGCAGGAGCUGUACCGCUGCCUGGUGGCCAAGGGGCUCGUGAAGACCAAGAAGCGCUGAGAGGGUCCCCCAACGGCCCCCCCAGCUGUGCCAGCCCCUGCUCUGUCCCCCAG